AAUGUAAACAGUGCAGUGGACUAUGGAACUAAUUUAUUAUGUUAUAUAAAACAGAAAAUAGUGAACAAAAUGGAGUGAAAACACCAAAAAUGGAUUUAUGCAGGUUUAGUGAUUAUACAUACAGUAAACUUGGUCAAGAUAUUUGAAGUGAAGUGGUAGUUUGUCAGUAGAAUAAAGAUGGACUGCUUCCCUAGUGUAAAGAUACCAGUCUACAUCCUGGUGAUCCUGUUUGGAAUGGGAUCAUGGGUAGCUAUAAAUGGAAUGUGGGUGGAGCUACCUAUCCUUGUUGACCAAUCACCAGAGGGAUGGAGCCUUCCAUCAUACAUUACCAUUAUUGCUCAGAUUGCCAAUGUUGGACCUCUGCUUUACAUACUUGUGAACAAAGUUGCACCAAACGAAUUUAAUGAGAAACAUGGUGUUUUCAUCAUUGUUGUUUUGGGAACAACAGCAUGUUUACUUUUAGUAUUUUUCUGGAAGGACACAAGUUAUGUAGGUGGAGUAAAACACAGUACAGGACUACUUGUUUCUACGUUCCUACUUUCUCUAGUUGACUGCACAUCCUCGGUCGUGUUUUUACCAUAUAUGUCAAUUUUCAAACCACAGUAUAUCUCGGCACUGUAUAUAGGUGAGGGAUUAAGUGGGCUGGUUCCCAGUCUGGUUGCUAUAGGACAAGGUGUAGGCAAAACAAUAUGUGUGAAUAAAACAGUGAACUUCACAACAAACGAAACAGAAAUAGUUGCUGAAUAUAAUCCACCACAUUUUCCAGUUGAAGAUUUUUUCUACUUCCUGUUUUCAAUUAUGAUAAUUUGCGGUCUAGCAUUUUCUCUGCUGCAUUAUUUGCCAUACUGUAAAGAGGAACACGUGUCUUUAAAUGCUGACGUUUCUAGUGAAGUAAGAUUUAGAAAUGCUGAUUCUCCAUCUUACAGCUAUAGUGAAUUUCGGAACGAGGAAAGUGAACUUCAGUGUAGUAUUUCUGUUACUGACAAUUCAGUUGUGAUAAGCAGACGUAAAUUUAUAACUCUUUUAGUCCAAGUGGCAUUUAUAAAUGCAUUGACCAAUGGUGUUCUUCCGUCUGUUUCAUCAUAUGCAACAAUACCAUACGGGGAUCAGGCUUACCACCUAUCUGCAACAUUAUCAAGUAUAGCCAAUCCGCUAACUUGCCUAGUUGCAUUCUUCCUGCCUGUUCUGUCCAUGUGGGUUAUAGGAAGUACUGUGUUGACUGGUUUUGGUAUUGGAAUUUAUGUUCUAAUCAUUGCUGCUGAAAGUCCAACACCUCCUAUGGCUGGAGAAGAUAUCGGGGCAGUUAUCAUUGUAACAGCAUCUAUACUUGUGACAGCACUAAUGACCUUUUCCAAGGUCAGCAUAGCUACAGUACUACGACUCCGUGGGAGAAUGGCUCUGCUUUGGUGCGGAAUUGUUACUCAAGUUGGGUCAGCUAUUGGUGCAAUUCUUAUGUUCCUCAUUGUAAACCAACUAAAACUGUUUCAUCAGAAAGCUGCUUGCACUUAAUAUAAUAAAUAAGUUGGCAUUUACAUGUCGAUAUGAACAGUUCAAAGUGUCAUUUCCUAGUGACCCCAUCUGCUUUCAAAGACAACAUUGUUUAUUACCAAAAUGGGCUUUGAUUUUUCUUCAAAGAUGAAUUCUAGCACUGUAUCAAAACAAAGUUCAAGAUACAAAAAUAACCAACUGAUUGUGUAUUUUGUUUUUUCGUUAUAGGCAGGAUGUUUAGAAAGAAUAAAGGAGUUACUGAGAAGUAAA